AUGUAUUUUGCGUGGUUUCUUUAUAUUGCUUUGAUUUUGGUAUACUCAUUAUUUUUAUUUAGGGGCUUUACUUUUUAUCCAGAAUAAUAGUGAAAUACUAUAUAGACCCUGCUGAGUCUUAUAACUUUGCAAUUAACUCAAUUUGUUUAAGUUUUACUGUAUCCAUGAUUUGCAUAUUAAUGGUGCCAAUUGAUGUAUUUGUGACUUCUCAUCCAAAUGAUGUAAUCUCCACACUCCAUCAACCAAUUAAUAAGUAUUUUAUAAGGGAAGUAUUUAUAUGUAAAAAUGACAUUAAUCCUUUAAGAUCUUUAUAUUGGAUUAUUAUUUAUCACAUUUGUUAUUCUACCAUUUAAUUAUUUUUAUUCUGAAGAAAGAGCAUUAAAUUAUGAUAAUGACUUUGACUUAGAUUUAAGUGAAAAACGUCUAUCAUCAAAAAUAAUUAGAUCAGCCAAAUAAACUGUAUAUUUUAUAGGAUUUAUUUGUGUUUUAUUAAUUUCAGGACUGGUCUUUAAUCCUGAAGUGAAUUACAAUACUUCUGAAAAAUUAGAAUGGGUCAAAACAAUGUUUGAUGUUGAUCAUCUAGGGGAAUAAGCAAUAUCAUUUUGCAUUUCGAUCAUUUUAACAUUUGGUUUUUGUUUAUGGGUAAUUUAUGGUUCAUAUGGAUUAACUGCAUUGCCAUUUUAAUUAAUUAAAGGAGCGAGGUCUUUGGAAGAAGAAAAGUCAUAGGUCGAUAAUGAUUUAGCUAAAUUAAGAGAAAAAUAUAGGGCAAUAUAGGAAAAAUAUUAAAAGAGUUCAUCUAAAAUUUCGAAAGGAGAUCAAAGGGUAUAUAUAUGAUUUUUUAUUUAUAUUAGGCGUUGACUAAUUUAAAAAGAAAAGAAAGGUUCUUAAAUCUAAAAAACGAAAAAAUUAUUGAAUUAGAAACAUAGACUAAAUCCUUAUAGACAAUUUUUAAAAUAAUAUCUCCGUUUAGAAUAAUAAUAGGAAUCAUUUGUUUAUGCUUUUCAAUUCUAAUAUUUAGUUCAUUAGCGAUUACUACUUAUGACAAAGUAAAAAAGUGUUUAAAUUGAUAGAUUACAAAUUCAUCUUGUGGAUUUAAAUGUGGGUAUUUAAUCUAAGAAAAAACUUUUUUAAAUCCCAUCGAUACAUUAUAUGUUUAUUCCUCAUAUUAUUUUCCAUUAGAUUAUUUGUUCUUUUUCAUUUUUACCCUUUAUAUCUUUAUAUGUACAUUAUAUGGAAUUAUUAAAUGUGGAAUCAUUUUUUUAAAAGGAUUUGAAAUAAAAAAAGAACAGACUUAACCUUCAUCUUUGUUUAUAGUAGCUGCAAUUUUGAACAUAAGUAUUUUAGUAGUUUGCAAUCAAUUAAUGACUUUAUGUCCCUAAUAUGCAACUUUUGGAAAUCAACACUAUUAUGAUAUUCGAACAAGAUAGUAAUCCUUGUGUACUUUAGAAGCAGUAAGUAAAGUGGAAGCCAAAUUUAUUUGUUAGAUGACUAAUUUAUCCACAUUUUAUAAUAGGUAUAUAGUUAAUAUUUAUUUAAAUAGAAUUUCAUUAGGAUAUCCUAUGUUUGCAGUAAUAUUCUUUUUAGCAAAUGCUUCAUUUUUAGGGUUGUCAUCUUUGAUGAUAUUUAUUUUUAUGUGUAAAAAGAAGGCAAGUUAAAUAGAUGUCAAUGAAGAUGACGAAUUAGAUGAUGAGAGUAAAUCAUUAAUUAAUAUAUGA